CACUGAAGUAUAUAUAUUAAUUAAUAUCUCAGAAAAGGACUUUUAUGACCAUGCAUUUUUAAAAGUCCCAUUACAGCUGAAAUAUUUUUUUUAACCCUAAGCAUCUAUAAUUUAUGCAGUAACUCAGUUCUGGGUUCCUGUGAUUCCAAAUGGAUAGGUGCUUUGUUCUUUAAGGCAUUGAGAGCUUAUGGUGAACAAUAUGAAAAUGGUUUCUUGACAGUGGUAUUAUCUGAUGUCGGGGAUUCUCUCCAUGUUCAGCCUCUUCUUUCAAGUCAUAAAAAUUUCUCUCUGAAUAGGUGGCCACUCAGAAAAUGGAAUGCUCUCUUCAUUGCUCACUGACAGACCCCAACAUAAAGUCACUUUUCAGCCAUGGGGCAGCCUAGCAUGCCUCUGGCAGGUGUUUUGAUGGUAGCCAGCACCAUGAAGCUGCCUGCUUGCAGCGGCACACUGAACUUUGUUUACAGGUGGCCACCACUGCACAUUUUCCCUAACUACAUUAAUAAACAAUGGAGAGGAAGAAACAGUUCCCUUACUUUCCAGGUAGGCUAAGCAAUUUAUCUUAAUUACUGUCAGUCCUUAGUGACUACUAAAAGGAUCCUAACUGUUCACCUGAAUAUUGAUGAUGUGAAUUAGUAGUACAUUUUCGGACAGCCAGCUAUGGAUUUUUGGGUUCUCUGACAUGUACUUUUUUUUCCCAAUUGAAUUUACACACACACACACACACACACGCAUAUGUAUUCUAAAUGGAUGCCUUUUCUUAUUACAGUCAGUCCUUUCCCAUGGUGCUGUGGCAGACUGUGCUGUUGUUGGCAAGGAAGAUCCUUUGAAAGGUCAUGUCCCCUUAGCACUUUGUGUGUUGAAAACAGAUAUAAAUGCAACAAAGGAACAAGUUUUGGAAGAAAUUGUCAAACACGUUAGGCAGAACAUUGGCCCUGUGGCUGCUUUUCGAAAUGCAGUGUUUGUUGAACAGUUACCCAAAACCAGAUCUGGCAAAGUUCCUCGAUCAGCUCUAUCUGCCCUUGUCAACGGCAAGCCAUAUGAGGUAUCUCCUACAAUUGAAGACCCCAGCAUUUUUCGCCACAUAGAAGAAGUGCUGAAGCAGGCAUCAUGACUUUUAUGUUCUAUUUUGAGUCCAUUUGAGUUAAUUUUCUAAUUGAAAUUAAAUUAUAUGAGUUAUUUCCACAAAACAAAUAUUUAAAUGGAAAUGACUUGCAAACUGAAAUGUGAAUUAUAAAGCCUGGCCUAAACAAAUUUAAUUAAGACAAGUGAAAGACCUGCACUUUCUGUUUGAUUUGACCCCGUUAACAUUGUUAUUAGUUACCUGUAACAGGGCUCAUUAUAUAUUGUCUAACUCUUUGA